AUUCCACUCUCCCUCCCCAUCAGUGGGGGACGAGGAGAUGGGUGAGGUCGCCUUGUCUGGAAUGAAUCAAGGGGGAUGGGACGGCCGUGGCUCGCAGACACCCCCAUCCGCCUCUGGCGCGCCAAUCCCGGCCCAGAUGGGAACGUGGACUGUGGCGGAGCGAGGGCGGGGCUCCGUGGCAGCGUUUGACAGCUGCGAAAAUAGAAAAUGUAUCGCGCUCAGAAGAUGAGGGGAAGCAUGCUGCUCCCAGCACACUCUCGGAGAAUGGAGCCAGUUCCAUCGUCGGCGUAAAGAAACUCUUUUUGGGGGUGUCAUUUAUUUAUUUCUUCCUGUUGUCUCGAAGCCAUUUGGACUAUGCACCGCGCCUUCUCCUUCCCGGUGACGGUGGAGCGGAGCCGGACUAAGGAGCGCCUGGAGGCCAGUCUGGCCGGUUUGUGCGAGUUGGAGCUCCGCAAGCAGCGUCAGGAGGGGCUAGUGCUCGGGGCUCUGGCGUUGGGCGACCCCCGGCCCCCACAGGAGCCCCCCACUUCAGGGGACGUGUCCUGGUUCAGCUGCUGGGGCCAGGAUAACUUGACACUGAGGCGCCAGCUGAGUGCUCUUCAGAGUUCGCCGUGGGGUCUCAUGCAAGCACUGGAGCAACAGGUGGGAGAGCUGCGCAUCGACACCGACCAUCACGAUGCCGCUCAAGGAGACACAGGUGACAGUCGACCGAGUUCAGGUACCUGUAAUCAAGGGGAAGGACUCCAGGAGCCUUGUUUCUAUGAGUCAAGUGAAGGUCAGUCGCCUAAAGGGAGAACUUGUUCCACGGAGCCCGCAGAAAUGGUCUCUUCCUGGCCUUAUACCAACGAAAGGCCCAAGUCUGUGGGAGAUCCCCUCAUGUUGAAUGGGGAACCAGACAUGACAGUUCUUCCAAGUGGCUUGCCUCGCUCAUUUUCCGCACCACACCCACCCCUGGAGGGCAUCGCUGAGGAAAGGACACCAGUGGACUCGUGGAUGCUAGCGCCCAGCCGAGAUGAACAGCCAUGGCAGCAGCCACCUCCGGCGGAUCAGGUGACAGAGGAGGACUACCAACAAGCCAUGAGGGUGGAGGGUUACAUACUUCAUCUUGUCCAGCGUCACACCCUUUCGCCACGGCCAUGUCAGCCUCGCACUACUCUAAGCCCUGACCCGCCAUACAGCUUUACGCCUGCACAUGCCCCCGUACACAGGAAAAGCCCCUCUCUUUCUACAGAGCAAGGACAUCCAGGCCCUCAAGUUGAACUUUUGUCCACCCCAAAGAGCCCGAGUCGGGGUUGUGACCUUCCAGAGGGUGAGCCCUGCGGAGGAGCGGCCCCAUCUUUGGAAGAGGAGCGUUAUUUGAUGUUGCCCUACCCCCAAUGUAAGCCACACUCCCUGACUGGGAGGCUACCAUCACCUCUGCCUUCCUUGGACCCUAACUGCGGUGCUGGGGCGCUUAACCUUUCUUGUGAACCCUCAACCCCCCAGCAUUGUCUGCAGUCCCCAAUCAAUCACAAGCACAAUUUAGUAAGUGCUCAAUACAUCCCAGGACAGGCCUGCCAUGCCCCCGUACGCUCACCGAGACACUUCAACCCAGGGCAGUCCAAAGCCCACCAGGCAUCCCCUGAGCAGCACAACGCCAAGUCCAGAAACUCAAGGAAGGGCCAAAAUGAAAAACAGAGAUCUAAAAAGUCGAGCGGUAAAACCGGCCGAUCCCAGUCAGAAAACAGCCUCCUUGGCCAGCGGGUGCUGCCCGAGCGCAGGUACAGCACCACCGAGAGGCAUCAAGGUAGAGGGGAUCAGGCUCAAGGUCAAGUUGCGAAGAUUCAUGUCGCAAACAACAGCGACAAAGCAAACCGACGUUGGUGUUCCAACCUGGAGCUCAGUCAAGACGAAGGGGAAAACCAGGUGGAGCAAGGACAUCGGAGGCCACCUCGAAAGGCUCGCCACGGUCAUGGUGGUCACCACCACCAGCAGCAGCAUCAUCAUCAUCAGCAGCAGCAGCAGCAACAUCAUCACCCGCUGCAACAUCAGCAGCAUCAGCAACAUGCGCAACGCUGGCACUCUGAUUUCCAGCAGCGCGCACCACUUUGCCAAAGAGAGGACGCCCCGGCCGAGUCCUCAUCCAGCAUGAGCGAAGUGUACUCGCCGGCCUCCAGCUCGCUCUCCAGCGACUCCGACGAGAGCGGGGGAUUGGUGUGGCCCCAGCAGCUACCACCUCGCCUCGCUAACACUUCCUCCUCGUCCUCACCCUCAGCGCAGGCUGCCGCCGCCAAUCCGCCCGCUCAACCAAAGGCCUUUGUCAAGAUUAAAGCCUCCCACGCUCUCAAAAAGAAGAUCCUCAGAUUCCGCUCAGGAUCCCUCAAAGUCAUGACCACCGUGUGAAGUGGUUUCAAACCCAAAGUGUCAACUGUCAGUGGCAGCUUCUCUCGGCUCUGCGCAGUACUCUAAUUACAGGCUGGCAUGUCACGGUUGUUUCCUACAAUGAUGCACAUCAAAACUGAUGCUCUCCAUCGUCCCUUAAAUGACGUUAACUGACGUGAUGCCAAAUUACAACUGUUGACAAGCGUUGCGUUGUUGCUAUGGAGCUGAUGUCCAAAGGAAUUAUUAUUAAUGACUCUUCCAUUCAUGCUUCAUAAACUCCCACUGUGUAAGGUAGCCUGGGAAACUACAAUUUCAAUGCUGUGCAAACGGCUUUGGCCAUCAUUCGCUUCUUCGUUUUACUAAAUCGCAGGAUUAUGCAAUCUACAAACUACAAUUUCCUCAAAAUGUUAUUGGUGGGGAGUACAUGGACUCGGGCACAAGCCAGAAGACAUUGGUAAAGAUGUGGAUAAAGGUGCCGUACCAGGAAUUCAUUUUCAGUGUUUGGGUCAGGUGAUAAGGGUGGUCCCUUUUCAUCUAUCUCUCCAAAAAAAGUUUUAAAAAAUGACGUUAGACUGUUUUAAGGUACUGUCUCAAUAAAUUCUCAUGUGAACAUGUACAUCUAGCUGCACUAUGUCUAUGAUGACAGGCUCCAUUUGUUUUCAGUUGGCGUUGGCAUCAGUUUGUCAUCAUGAGAGAAGUCCCUUAAAAGGCAAGAUUCCAAUGGCCGAAACCAGGAAACAAACAAAGUAACACACUUGUAAAUAUGUAACUAAGUGUAUAUCCAUGUUGUGGCCUUGUUCAGAAUGAAUGUAAUUUUAAAAUAAAAUCUAAAUGUUCUGGUCUUCA